ACGAUUGAUCAGGGAAAAAAAAAAAAAGAGGAUCAGAUUCAGAAGAGGGAGUUUUGGCUUCAACAGAUGGCAUGAUUUGGAAAACACGUGCUUCUUCCUCACCAGUGCGUCAUGGCACAAUCAAGUCCCUGCAACUCAAGAGUCACAACGGCUUGUCUAAAGCCAUUCCCAGGAUUGACUAAUUGUUCCCAGCGGCUCGACAACUACCAAGUUCGUACUGAAGAACCUUUCCUUCUUAUUUGCGUUGGCCUCCGUUUCUUCUCCAUCAGGCAGGCAUUGGCCAAGGAAAUGAGUUGGUGGUGGGGCGGAGCUAUUGGUGCUAUCAAGAAGAAAUUAGAUGAAGAUGAUGGUCGAAACAUCCAAAGCGUGGCGCUGGUGAUAGGCGUUACCGGUAUCGUGGGUAACAGCUUGGCCGAGAUUCUACCGCUGGGGGACACACCAGGAGGUCCAUGGAAGGUUUACGGCGUUGCACGACGGCCCCGACCCAACUGGAACUCCGAUCAUCCCAUUGAAUACAUCCAGUGCGAUAUUUUGGAUCCAAACGAAACCCAAGCUAAGCUCUCCAAAUUGACAGACGUCACCCACAUCUUCUACGUGGCAUGGGUCAACACGGCCGCGGAGCUCGAGGAUUGCGAGGUCAAUGGGGCUAUGCUCAGGAACGUCCUGGGAGCAGUCAUUCCAAACGCGCCGAAGCUCCGCCAUUUAUGCCUUCAGACUGGUGCCAAACACUACAAAGGCCCGUUUGGGUUAUUCGGAAAGAUCAAACCCCACGAGCCGCCUCACACCGAGGACAUGCCACGACUCGACGGUCCCAAUUUCUACUACACCCAGGAGGACAUUCUGUUCCGAGAGGCGGCAAAGAAAGAGGGACUAAGCUGGUCCAUUCAUCGUCCUCGUGUGAUAUUUGGGUUUUCCCCAUUCAGUUUGAUGAACAUGGUCGGCACACUGUGUGUGUACGCCACUAUUUGCAAGCAUGAGGGGGUCCCCUUGAUAUUUCCCGGUAGUAAAGCGGCGUGGGAGUCUUUUUCUGCAGCUUCCGACGCAGACUUGAUAGCAGAGCAGCAGAUAUGGGCAGCGGUAGAACCUAAUGCGAAAAACGAAGCGUUUAAUUGCAGCAAUGGGGAUUUAUUCAGGUGGAAGCAUUUGUGGAAGGUGUUGGCUGACCAGUUUGGGAUAGAGAAUUACGGGUUCGAGGAGGGUUGGAAUUUGAGGUGGACGGAGAGGAUGAGGGGAAAAGGAGCAGUGUGGGACGAGAUCGUUGAGAAGUACGAGCUUCAGCCAUCGAAGUUGGAAGAGAUUGGUCAAUGGUGGUUUGUGGAGACUGUGUUGGCAGAGGAGCCCUUGAUUGAUAGCAUGAACAAAGCCAAAGAGCAUGGCUUCUUAGGAUUCAGGAGCACCAAGAAUUCCUUUCAGCAUUGGAUAGACAAGACCAAAGCUUACAAAAUUGUCCCCAAAGUUAUGAAUUAGUGUUUUUGUUUAAUUUUCACUCGUUCUCUGAUGGGGUCUUGUUGCAUUAUAUAUAUUCAUUCUGAUAACUUUGUGAAAUUCUUAUGUUAAGCAAUUCACGAGGAAAUUUAUUAGAUUUUGCAGGGACACUAUCACAUGACCCAGUAAGUUAGCUGUGACAAUGAAAGCUGAGAUAUUGGUGGAGAAACAAGAGGCAUCUUUAUAUAUAGUUACUUGUAUAUGCAUGGCGUGCUUGUGUUCCAUUGAGUUGACAUGGAAGGUUUAAUUAAGGGUCCAUCUUUA